UCCCAAACUUGGAAUCUGAAGUGAAGUGGCGAGGCGAAACAAGUUACUCAAGCACGGGGACACAUCACAUGCAGCUACCAGCGUCAGAAUGGGAAAUAGAUUAUUAAACACAAGAACACGUCACUGUCCCUCUCAUCCUCCUUGUUCUUAUCAUCUUCUAACUCAUUAAUAAAUUAAAUAAUCAUUGCUUAAGCUGAAUCAGCGUCGAAUCGCUACCACCGUUGUUUACUUUUUUAACAUCAUCAAGGUUAAGACCAUCAUCGUCAGCAACAGUAAUCGAUUCUGAAGAGAAGUCAAGAGACAAUGGCGACUCGCAUGAUCCUCAGAAGAGUAAUUCAGAAACGCACCGUUUUAUUCCCUCUUUCCCUUUCCACUUCUCGAAAGGGUAGCACGCUUGUUGUCGCGGAGCACGAACACGAAGGCGGUGCCAUCAAACCCUCUUCUCUCUCUGCACUCUUUGCUGCCACGUGUCUUCCCGAUAACGACUCUUCCGUUUCUCUCCUCUUGGCUGGUUCCGGUCCUUCUCUUCAUCAAGCUGCUUCACUAGCUGCUUCUUCCCAUCCUUCCAUCUCUCAGGUGUUGGUAGCAGAUUCAGAUACAUUCAAGAGCCCACUGGCAGAACCAUGGGCUAAACUGGUCCAUUUAGUUCAGCAGAAGGGUGGUUACUCUCAUAUAGUUGCUGCUUCAAAUUCUUUUGGAAAAAAUGUCAUGCCGCGCGCCGCUGCUCUUUUAGAUGUUUCUCCAGUUACUGAUGUUACAGCAAUUUCUGAUUCCCUUACUUUUGUAAGGCCAAUAUAUGCUGGAAAUGCACUUUGUACAGUCCGAUAUACUGGUGCCAGUCCUUGUAUAUUAACAAUUAGAUCCACAUCUUUUCCUGUUUCUCAGAAGUCUGUUGACUCAAAAUCUAAUAAGGCUUCCAUAUCUCGAGUUGACCUUUCAACCUUUGACGAAGAUCUGGGAAAGUCUAUGUAUAUAUCUCAAACUUCUCAGGAUGAUGAACGGCCAGAUCUUGGGAAUGCACGAGUUGUAAUUACUGGUGGCCGUGCACUAAAGAGUGCUGAGAACUUCAAGUUGAUAGAAAAUCUAGCCAACAAACUUGGUGCUGCUGUUGGUGCCACUCGUGCUGCUGUUGAUGCAGGAUUUGUUCCUAAUGAUCUCCAGGUUGGACAAACCGGAAAGAUUGUUGCUCCCGAACUCUAUAUGGCUUUUGGUGUAUCUGGAGCUAUUCAACAUUUGGCUGGGAUGAGGGAUUCCAAGGUCAUUGUUGCUGUGAACAAUGAUGCUGAUGCUCCUAUAUUUCAGGUUUCUGAUUAUGGACUGGUAGGAGAUUUGUUUGAGGUGAUACCAGAGUUGUUGGAGAAGCUUCCCGAGAAAAAAUAAAACAAGUGACAUGCAUAUGUUUAUAGUGUAUACCACAGUUUCUGAAUGUAUCAUCCUUGGAGUUACAUAUUCACAAUAGCAUUUGUUUACCUGAAAAAGUAGAAGAAAAUGAAGUGUUAAUUGAUUGAACAUUUAAAUACCAGAAGGCUCAUUUUGCAUUAUUACUGCAGUACAACGGGUAAAAACAAGAGUAAAUUGCAUUUACUUCCUUAUAAAUGACAUAUAUUCCCUCCUAUUGUAUAUGACACAGACCUUCCCUCAAUUACACCUGUCUUCCCUCGAUUUUGUAAUUUGUAGUGUAUGCCAUUUAAACAAACUUGGGAAGGUGGGUGCAAUUUCUCAAACAAAUUAGAGUUAAGCAUACCUUGGCUUGGGGACGGUACUUUCAAUUUCUUCAAAUGAUAAUGUUAAAUCACUUUACACAAGUGAAAUACAUAGAGAACAAUUAUAA